AUGGAUCAAACAGGUCAAGGGGACCUGAACUGGCGCCUCAGCGCGCACCCGAUCACGCUACUUGUCUUCUUGGGAAUCCGCAUCGGUGCUCUUCUGAUGUACCUCUUUGGUGUCCUGUUCAUCGACAACUUCAUUCUGGUCUUCAUCCUGACUCUCCUCCUCCUCUCUGCCGACUUCUAUUACCUCAAGAAUAUUGCUGGGCGUCGACUUGUUGGUCUCCGGUGGUGGAAUGAAGUCAACACUGCUUCCGGCGACUCCCACUGGGUCUUUGAAUCCUCCGACCCCAAUGUCCGCACCAUCACCGCCACGGAUAAGCGGUUCUUCUGGCUGAGCUUGUACUUGACACCGGCUCUUUGGGUGGGACUGGCCAUUCUGGCUAUUGUACGAUUGGUUGGCGUUAUCUGGCUGAGUCUCGUGGGAAUUGCCCUUAUCCUGACUAUUACAAACACUGUGGCAUUCUCUCGGUGCGAUAAGUUCAGUCAAGCAUCCACAUUUGCCAACCGGGCUCUCGGUGGUGGAAUUGUGAAUAAUCUCGCGGGUGGCCUGCUGGGCAGGUUCUUCCGAUAG